GUGAUGGAGGCGGGCGGGGGCUGGCGGCGGGAGCUGCGCGGCGCCUAGCUGCCCCCAUCCAUGGCACGGAGCUGCGGCAGGGGCAGCGGCAGCAGGAGCCCGGCGCGAUCCGCUAGGUCUCAGCCGCGCGCAGAGCCAGCCGGCCACGCUCAGGGGCCAGGCUUCGGUCGGCUUGGAGCGCUGCGCUGAGAUUCGGGCCGCGCCGCCGGGGGGCCACCCGCGCUGCGCUGACAGCGACGCCCGCGUCCCGCCCGGCCCGGGUGCUUGCAAGCCAUGCCCCCGGGGCGCCGCAGUGGGGACCCCGAGGCUUGCCUCCGCCCAUGGCCCCCCGCCCCGCCCUCGGGCGUCCCGGGCUCCCGCUGAGCACUCCUCUCGCACGCUCGGGUCCCUCCAGCCGCCGAACCGUCCGGCCCCUACGCUGUAGGUCCCCGCGGGGCGAUGGGUUGAUGGGCGCGGGGGGACGCAGGAUGCCGGUGCGGUCUGCGCGCUUGCUGCUGCUGCCGCUGCUGCCCUGCCUUCUGCUCCUGGCUCCUGGAACGCGGGGUGCGCCUGGCUGCCCGGUCCCUAUCCGCGGUUGCAAGUGCUCUGGGGAGCGGCCCAAGGGACUAAGUGGCGGCGCCCACAACCCGGCUCGAAGGAGGGUGGUGUGCGGCGGUGGGGAUCUCCCCGAACCUCCGGAUCCCGGCCUUCUGCCAAAUGGCACCAUCACCCUGCUCUUGAGCAACAACAAGAUUACUGGGCUCCGUAACGGAUCCUUCUUGGGACUGUCUCUGCUGGAGAAGUUGGACCUGAGGAGCAAUGUCAUCAGCACCGUGCAGCCUGGAGCCUUCCUAGGUCUGGGAGAGCUGAAACGAUUAGAUCUCUCCAACAACCGGAUCGGCUGUCUCACCUCAGAGACAUUUCAGGGCCUCCCUAGACUUCUCAGACUAAACAUAUCUGGAAACAUCUACUCUAGUCUGCAACCUGGGGUCUUUGAUGAGCUGCCAGACCUUAAGAUUGUGGACUUUGGUACUGAGUUUCUGACCUGUGACUGCCGCCUGCGCUGGCUGCUGCCCUGGGCCCGGAAUCACUCCCUGCAGCUGUCAGAGCGCACACUCUGUGCCUACCCCAGUGCCCUGCAUGCCCACGCCCUGAGCAGCCUCCAGGAAUCCCAGCUCCGCUGUGAAGGGGCUCUGGAACUGCAUACGCACUACCUCAUCCCAUCCCUGCGCCAAGUGGUGUUCCAGGGUGACCGCCUGCCCUUCCAGUGCUCGGCCAGCUACUUGGGCAACGACACCCAGAUCCACUGGUACCACAACGGGGCCCCUAUGGAGAGCGACGAGCAGGCUGGCAUCGUCCUUGCAGAAAACCUCAUCCACGACUGCACCUUCAUCACCAGUGAGCUGACCCUGUCUCACAUCGGCGUGUGGGCCUCAGGCGAAUGGGAGUGCUCCGUGUCCACAGUCCAAGGCAACACUAGCAAGAAGGUGGAGAUAGUAGUACUGGAGACCUCUGCCUCCUACUGCCCUGCAGAACGGGUGACCAACAACCGUGGGGACUUCAGGUGGCCCCGAACCUUGGCUGGCAUCACAGCUUACCAAUCCUGCUUACAGUACCCCUUCACCUCUGUGCCCUUGAGUGGGGGAGCCCCGGGUACCCGAGCCUCGCGCAGGUGUGACAGAGCUGGCCGCUGGGAGCCAGGGGACUACUCACACUGUCUGUACACCAAUGACAUCACUCGGGUGCUCUACACCUUUGUGCUGAUGCCCAUCAAUGCCUCCAAUGCAUUGACCUUGGCCCACCAGCUGCGCGUGUACACUGCUGAAGCUGCCAGUUUCUCAGACAUGAUGGACGUGGUCUAUGUGGCUCAGAUGAUCCAGAAGUUUUUGGGUUACGUUGACCAGAUCAAAGAGCUGGUGGAGGUGAUGGUGGACAUGGCCAGCAACCUGAUGCUGGUGGACGAGCACCUUUUGUGGCUGGCCCAGCGAGAAGACAAAGCCUGCAGUGGCAUUGUGGGUGCCCUGGAGCGAAUCGGAGGAGCUGCCCUUAGCCCCCAUGCUCAGCACAUCUCUGUGAACUCAAGGAAUGUGGCAUUGGAGGCCUACCUCAUCAAGCCUCACAGCUAUGUGGGCCUGACCUGCACAGCCUUCCAGAGGAGGGAGGUAGGAGUGUCAGGAGUACAGCCAAGCAGCCCUGGCCAGGAUGUCCCACUCGAGCCCGAGGCCCUGGCUGAUCAGCAGCUUCGAUUCCGCUGUACCACUGGGAGGCCCAACGUUUCUCUGUCAUCCUUUCACAUCAAGAAUAGCGUGGCCCUGGCCUCCAUCCAGCUGCCCCCCAGCCUGUUCUCAACCCUUCCGGCUGCCCUGGCUCCCCCAGUCCCUCCAGAUUGCACCCUGCAACUGCUGGUCUUCAGAAAUGGCCGUCUUUUCCGCAGCCACGGCAACACUUCCCGUCCUGGAACAGCCGAGCCUAGCAAGAGGCGUGGUGUGGCCACCCCAGUCAUAUUUGCAGGAACCAGUGGCUGUGGUGUGGGGAACUUAACUGAGCCAGUGGCUGUGUCACUGAGGCACUGGGCUGAAGGAACUGACCCCCUGGCAGCCUGGUGGAACCAAGAUGGGCCUGGAGGCUGGAGUUCCGAAGGCUGCAAGCUCCGCUUCAGUCAGCCCAACGUCAGCUCCCUGUACUGCCAGCACUUGGGCAACGUGGCUGUGCUUAUGGAGCUGAGUGCAUUUCCACGGGAGGCAGGAGGCUCUGGGGCUGGGUUGCAUCCUGUCGUGUACCCCUGCACGGCUUUGCUGCUACUCUGUCUUUUUUCCACCAUCAUCACGUACAUCCUGAACCACAGCUCCAUCCACGUGUCCCGGAAGGGUUGGCACAUGCUGCUGAACCUGUGUUUCCACAUGGCCAUGACUUCUGCAGUCUUCGUGGGCGGUGUCACUCUCACCAACUACCAAAUGGUUUGCCAAGCGGUGGGCAUCACUCUGCACUACUCUUCGUUGUCCUCACUGCUCUGGAUGGGGGUGAAGGCUCGAGUCCUCCACAAGGAGCUUAGUUGGAGGGCGCCCCCUCCAGAAGAAGGGGAGGCAGCCCCGCCUGGUCCUCGCCCUAUGCUCCGGUUUUAUUUGAUUGCUGGAGGGAUCCCCCUCAUAAUCUGUGGCAUCACCGCUGCGGUCAACAUCCACAACUACCGGGACCACAGUCCCUAUUGCUGGCUGGUGUGGCGUCCAAGCCUUGGUGCCUUCUACAUACCGGUGGCGUUGAUUCUGCCCAUCACCUGGAUCUACUUCUUGUGUGCGGGCCUUCACUUACGGGGUCACGUGGCCCAGAAUCCAAAGCAGGGUAACAGUAGGCUCUCUUUGGAGCCAGGGGAAGACCCGAGGGGUUCCACCAGGCUCAGGAGCAGUGGCGUCCUCCUGAGUGACUCUGGUUCUCUUUUGGCUACAGUUAGCGCAGGAGUAGGGACACCUGCGCCCCCAGAGGAAAGUGAUGGCGUAUAUUCUCCUGGAGUCCAGCUGGGGGCGCUGAUGACUACGCAUUUCCUGUACCUGGCAAUGUGGGCUUGUGGUGCCUUGGCGGUGUCUCAGCGCUGGUUGCCUCGAGUGGUGUGUAGCUGUCUGUACGGUGUGGCAGCUUCAGCUCUGGGUCUCUUUGUCUUCACGCAUCACUGUGCCAGACGCAGGGAUGUCCGGGCUUCCUGGCGCGCCUGCUGUCCUCCUGCUUCACCUUCGGCCUCCCACGCCCCACCCCGUGCCCUGCCGACUGCUGCGGAGGAUGGAUCCCCAGUGUUGGGGGAGGGACCAGCCUCUCUCAAGUCCUCCCCAAGUGGCAGCAGUGGCCGCGCGCCGCCGCCCCCCUGCAAACUCACUAAUCUGCAGGUGGCCCAGAGUCAGGUGUGCGAAGCAAGUAUGGUUGCCCGCGGGGAUGGAGAGCCAGAGCCCACCGGCUCCCGUAGUAGCCUAGCUCCCCGGCAUCAUAACAACCUGCAUCAUGGGCGCCGAGUACACAAGAGUCGGGCCAAGGGGCACCGAGCUGGAGAGACUGGUGGUAAGAGCAGGCUCAAGGCAUUGCGCGCGGGCACGUCCCCAGGAGCUCCUGAGCUGUUGUCCAGUGAGAGCGGCAGCUUGCACAACAGCCCGUCCGACAGCUACCCGGGCAGCAGCCGCAACAGCCCCGGCGACGGCCUUCCACUCGAGGGUGAGCCUAUGCUUACGCCGUCGGAGGGCAGCGACACAAGCGCCGCACAGAUUCCUGAGACGGGGCGACCCGGGCAGCGCCGCAGCGCCAGCCGUGACAACCUCAAGGGCAGCGGUAGCGCGCUGGAGAGGGAAAGCAAGCGCCGCUCUUAUCCGCUCAACACCACCAGUCUUAAUGGCGCCCCCAAAGGGGGCAAGUAUGAGGAUGCCAGUGUAACUGGUGCAGAGGCCAUAGCGGGAGGUUGCAUGAAGACCGGCCUCUGGAAAAGCGAGACCACAGUCUAGGGCCAGAUUUAGGAUGGGCGGGGCACGCCGGCUUGUUACUCCCAAACCCUGGGUGGUCCGAGCCGUCUACUGAUACGUAUGUAGGUUUAAAGCGGCGGUGCGGAUGGCUGCCCCAGGGUUCAUCAUCUUUAGUUACCCAGGCUAGGGAAGGGGGAGGCAGAUGCUUGCCACUACUCUGGUGGGCUAUCCCUCAGCAGUAGCGACAGACAAUCCCAGAUCCGUUUUGAUGGCCAAGUUUUUGGUAUCCUCCCAGGUAGGGAUAAAACCUCCAUCAGCCCCUAGGGUGACUCAUAAACUGAAUGGAAGAGCCCAGCCCAGGCAAGCUCAGGAAAUGAGAGCCCUGGGAACUUCGUUCUCCACGCCAGCCUGGGAAGGCGUCCUGUGACUGCCAAGAUCCCAGGCCUCUCCCUGAAGUUUGGGCUUGGGAAACCGUCCUAGCAGGUGAGCCAGGGGGCAUAACAGGUGCUGCCUUUCAGAUUAACUAUGCAAGGGGAUGGGAGGGGUAGGGCAGUGUGGUAGGCAGCUCUCGAGAUCAGCUAGUGCCGCGGGAGGGGGGCAGGUGGGAGAGGUGCACAAUUAGGGAGACAUAACUAUGGGAGUGGUACAGUUCUCCCAGCAGAGUUCAUAGCAAACCCUGAACUCCACACACCUGAGAUGUUGCCAGCGGGUGCCUUUAGACUCAAGGGGAGGGAAACAUGAUUGGGUCUCACAUAACCUAUACCGUGGUCUGUAAGUGGCUCCACUUAGCUGCUCAAUUAUAACACCCACUGCCUGUUCUCAGCCCUCCAACUCCAGGGGACUGAGGGGACAUGCCUCCAUGAGGCUCCUGUGGCAAAGCCAUGCUAAUAAUCUGAUUUCUAACUCGUUAGAAACCUAAAAUGCCAAACCACCUAACUCACUGAAACCCAACCAAGCUGAGGCGGCACCUGGGUCCAGGCUGCUCGAGAGCCCAUUUUCCUCAACUUCAGAUGCCUUUUACUACCGAACCACACGGAAGUAGAGGAAUCCCUGGGCCCUGAGACGGAGCAGGGAACCCAGGAGAGGUCAAGUGAGAACACAGGGCAGGGGAGAACCCACAGUGAGAUGGUCCCAUUAUUUAUGCUUGCUGCACAGACGAUAUUAGAGGAGAAAGCUUUGCGUGAUUCUUCCAUAUGCUGGCUGCUGUUUACAUACCCUGCCAAUGCCAUAGCACUGGAGAGCUUUUUGCAAUAUGCCGGGGAAAGGGGAGGGAGGGAAUGAAGUGCCAAAGAAAACAUGUUUUAAAAGCUCUGGUUUUAUACAAUAGAAUGUUUUCCAGCAGAUGCCUCUUUGUUUUAAUAUAUUAAAAUCUUGCAGAACUCUCUGAGCGACA